AUGGCAGCUUUGCAGCUCUCCCUGCUGGGUACUGUGUGUCUGCUGUCCAGCAGCCUGGCCCUGCCUCUGCUCCAGGAGGCAGGAGGCAUGAAGGAGCCACAGUGGGAACAGGCUCAGGACUAUCUCAAGAGAUUUUAUUUUCAUGGCUUGAAAUCAAAGGAAGUCGAUAGUUUGGAAACCAGACUGAAGGAGAUGCAGAAGUUCUUUGGCCUGCCUAUAACUGGAAGGUUAAAUUCCCACCUCAUAGAAAUAAUGCAUAAGCCCAGAUGUGGUGUACCAGAUGUUACAGAAUACUCACCACUCCCAAGCAGCCCGAAGUGGACUUCCAGAGUAGUCACCUACAGGAUCGUGUCAUAUCCAUUUCCUACUCAAAACUUAUCACCUGUCAGAGUGGACCAAAUAGUGGCAAAGGCUUUCAACUUGUGGAGCAAAGAGAUUCCACUGCAAUUCAAGAGACUCCGGUUGGGAAUUGCUGAUAUCAUGAUUGGCUUUGCCAGAGGAGCUCACGGGGACGCUAGCCCCUUUGAUGGACCAGGAAACACACUGGCUCAUGCCUUUCCACCUGGGCCCGGCCUUGGAGGAGAUGCUCACUUUGAUAAUGAUGAACACUGGACCGACGGUAGCAGUUUAGGAAUUAACUUUCUGUACGUGGCAACUCAUGAACUUGGCCAUUCUUUGGGUCUGGAUCACUCCUCUGAUCCAAACGCUGUGAUGUAUCCAACCUAUGAACAUGCGGAUUCCCAAAAUUUCCAACUUGGACAGGAUGAUAUUGAAGGCAUUCAGAAGCUAUAUGGAGAGAAGAAGAAGAAAUGAAGAGAUAGAAACUUCAGGGAGAACUUCC